AUGGCAGGGCGGAGCCCGAGUACCACGGUGCCCACGCCAGAUGCUGAGUACUUUGGGUCUCCAAGCGAUGAUCGUGGCUUUGGUUCCUUUUCCCAUGCUCAUGGGCAAGGCAUGACUGCCAAAGGUAGUGAUUCCGAGGACGAGGAGGAGCUGGCGUGGGCGAAGCACACGAGUAUUGUCACUGACUACGGGGAAGAUGUCUGGGGAGGUCGUAGUGGCCUAUCCCUACAGAUGACUCCUCCGAGGCUGGACGCCGGUGGUCGACGAAACAGUGGACAGAAGAUGGCUCGAGGCGAUUCCGAGGAUGAGACCGAGGACACUGGGCCGAAGAAGGAGACGAGCCUCUUACAGAGCAAAAUGAGAGAAGUGGAGAGAGAUCUGGAGGCUGCAGCACAAUCUGAGAUGAUGUUGCUAGAGUCGCUGCUGGGGAAGACUGUGGACGCAUCAAGCUUCCGCGCACGAAUCCAAGGUGCAUGGAGUAUGAUGGGUAUGGUAUCAGCUCUUUUUCUGACCAUGGACCAGUACAAUAAUGUAGUCAUUUGCCCAGCCGAUAUGCAGGUCAAAGUACCCUUUUGCCAACAGGUGCACCCGUGCCUCUCUGGGAUAGCUACAGCUUUUGCAGCCGCCUCGGUAGUGCUCUCAAUGGUCUUGUACGUGCAGAUGAGCUUUGUCCCUGAUGAAUUCCUCGGUGCAUGGAUGAGCAAGUUGUCCUUCGCAGUUGAUUUUCCGUUGUUUUCUUUUAUUGUGAGUAUCCUGGGCUGGGGGUUGACAAUGCUGUGGCGAGGAAUUCUGAACUAUGGGAUACUCGGCUAUGUUAUCUCUGUCAUGGUGGCGAUCCUGGGCUCGGUGAUUUUGUUCUUCUUCCUGAAGGUAAAAACCAUGACGAACAAGUACUUGAUUAGCGCAGCAGCGGCAGCCAAGGACCCCAGUGACAUGAAGUUCACCAAAUGGAGCAGCCUCCUCACCGAUGGCGGAGAGGAGCUGCGAUGGAAUAGCUUUCUGACCGACGAUCCCUCUGCUCAUGCUGCACGCGAGCGCAGGUGGGCCAAGGUGAACAGCUUGCGCGAGGGCCAGGACAUGAAUCACCUCCGUACGACCCAGCUGAACAGCCUUCGAAGCGGGCAAGAUGAUUCGGGCAUCGAGGAGCCACUUUGGGGCAGAAACAGCAGCAUGGUCACCGACUACGGAGAUCAGGAGGGAGAAGCGUCCAUGGGGCACAUGCCGAGCCUGGUCUCCAAGACAGUGACGAAAUUCCUUCAAGAAAGUGGCGGCAUCAGCGGCGGGGAGGCUGCAGCCAUGGUGAAUGCAGCUGCGGCCCAUGCAGCCACGCAACAUGCAGGCAUGGCGAGUCCCUUCGCGAACUUGCCCCAGCCAAGGGAGUCUGCAGGCCCUGCACUUCCACAGGCUGGUCCACGGCAGUCCUCUUUGCCCGCCUUCAUUUCCCUGGCAGAGGAGGGCCAAGGGCCACCCCAACUUCCACUGCCACCACCUGGAGUUCCCGGAGUUCCUGGAGUUGGAGCUCAAGGACUGCCUGGUGUUCCACCUGGAGUUCCAAGCAACUUGCUCUCAGGUGCCGGUGGGUUUUCGCCUGGAGGGCUCUUGAACCUGGCACAGGCUGCGCAGGUUGGGCAGAAUCCAGGAUUUGCACCAUUUCAGGCGCCCACACCGGCAAUUCAGGCACAGAUGGCGCACGAGCGACUUCUGAAAGAUGCAUCGGAGAGGCUGGGUCCAUCCUCUGAGCGGCUCAGCCAAUUGCAGUCUCCGCCAUUGGACCCACGAGGUCUCUCUUCGCUGAUGGCAGCGCCAGGCUUUCAAUCGCCUGGCUACGCUGACCUGGACUCAAUGCUUGCAGAGAACUUGCUGAAGCAACGACACCAUCUGGAGCAACUUCAUCUUCAAAAGAUGCAGCAGCAACAACUGCAGCUGCAUCACCUUAUGCAGCAGCAACAAAUUCUGCAAUCGCAGAUGCAACUGCCGCAGAUGCAUCAGAUGCAGCACAUGCCGCAAAUGAUGCCGACCGCGCCGCGCCGAGAUGGGCGGCCGGAUCGGCACGAACAGCGAGAGCAUCGCAAGGACAGAGACCUGGAAGGGGCAGAAAGAGAAGCAGACCACCGUCAUGUUGCGGAAUCUCCCAGUGGGGUACUCCCGGGACAUGCUGGUGGCCUUGAUGAACCGAAAUGGGUUUGA